AGAGCCCCUCACCACACGCGGGGGACGGCCGGGCUGGGGGCUGCUGCCCGUCCGCGACCCCGCCGGGCCAUGUGGAGGGGCGGCUCCAGCCCUGCCCUUCCCAGGGCGCUGGGCCUCCCCCUGCGGAUCGCGAUCGUGCGUCCCCCAGCCCCGUGCCAGGGAACCGUGGGUCUCCCGUCCCCGUACCCGGGGUCCGCGCUUCCCCAGCGCCCGGACCGCACCUCCCCCAGCCCGGGGCCGGCGCUCCCGCAGCCCGGGCGGCGGGGCUCCCGGGGGCAACCGGGCCAUUUUUUUUCUCAAUGAACGCGCCCCCCCGCCCGCCCCGCCCCCGGUAUAUUUGCAUAAUGACGGCUGCCGGGGACGGCAUUGGCUGCUGGCGGGCGGGCUCGGGCGUGAUGUCAGCGCUCGCCGGGUAAUGCCUGCGUUGUGGCGGGUAGUUGGAGCCGGCAAAGCCCGCGCAGCGCCGGCUCCGGGCGGACCGGUCCGGCGGCGGCCCCGCGCUCCCCAGGCGGACCAGCCUCCGCAGCUCCCGGCCCGGCAUCGCGCUCCCCGCCCGCCAACCUCGCGGGCGCAGGACGGGGCGCGGCGCCCCCCGGGGUGCUGCCGGCCGCCGCGGGCGGGUCAUGGCGGGGGGCAGGCUGCCCGUCCGCCUCCUGGCCGCUGCCUGCUUCGCCUUGAGCUUGACCCCGGCGGCGGCCGGGCCGCGGGAGGGCCCCGGACUCUCGCGGCUGCAGAGGAGGAGCCUGGCGGUGGACUUCGUGGUGCCCUCGCUGUUUCGCACCUACGUGCGGGAGCUGGUGUUGGGGCCGCCGGGGCGCGCCGCGGCGCGGUGCCGCCUGCGGCUGGACUGCGCGCCUCUGCUUCGAGCCGCCCGCGGGGGGCUGCCGCGGGCCGCGCCGCCCGCCCCCCCCGGCGGGCCCUCCGCGGCCGGGCGGCGGCUGCGGCGCGCCAAGCAGCUGGUGCUGGAGGUGGGCGAGGGCAGCCUGCGGGACGGCUGCGCCGGCGAGCCGCCGCCGGGUUCCGGCGGGGCGCAGCUGGAGUUCAACCUCACCGAGCUCUUCACCUGGUGGCUCCGCGCCGGCGACGGGCGGCUGCGGGUGCGGCUGAUGCCCGAACGCCGCGGCGCCCUCCCAGGCAGCGAGCGCGGGCUGUCGGCGGCCAUCCGCGCCGCCCGCCCCCGCCUCCUCUUCCACGUCUCCGCGGCAGGUCUGAGCACGUCUGGUCUCCUAGCAAACAGCCAUCCUCUUCCUCCUGGUUACUCUGCUUGGAACUUGACCUGGGUCAUGAGAGAUACAUCCCCUGUCUUCUCCCACAGAGGACGACACAUAUUUGACUGCAAUUUUGAAUCUCCUUGUGAGCUGGAAUAUUCCUUUACCUCAAAAGACCAGGAAGCCCCCAACAACGCCUGGCUCAGACUGAGUGCAGAGGAGAUUUCACAGCUAAGCAUCCUGGAUGGGCCAGAGAGAGAUUAUUCUGAGAAUACACCUAAAGGUUCGUUUCUGUUCCUCAAUGCAUCAGAGAGGCCAAGCCCUGUCAUCCUGAGCCCCUGGCUGAGAAGCAGCAGUGACCAAUGCGUAGUUCAAGUGGCUGUUUAUAAGUUUUACCAGCAGAGCGGAGAGUAUAUUGCUCGUGUCCUUCCUAUUGACGAAAGCAGUGGUGAAAUCUUAUCAGUGGAAAGUCCAGAGAAACAUGGAUGGGUGUUGCUUCAGAGGAGAGUUGGACAUCUAGAGAAACCAUUUCGGAUCUCACUGGAGUACGUUGCUGAUGGGAACAAGAGCGUAGCAGCUGUGGAUUCCUUCGCGAUGAAGAACUGCAGUACAGGAUCUGCCUCUGGCUCAAAAAUGUCUCUGGAGGGUUCCUUCAGCUGCUGGAAUGGAACGGCGAUCAGGCUGGGACAGGCGUGUGACUUCAUCAGGGACUGCGCCCAGGGAGAAGAUGAGGGAGAAAUGUGCAAAAAUCUUCCCUCUGGCUUUUACUGUUCAUUUGAAGACGGAGACUGCGGCUGGAUGCAGGGCUCUUCUGCAUCCCAUCCUUCUCCAUGGCGGAUUGGGAGCCCGGAGCACAACCGUUUUCCUUCAGUAGAAGGUUGUGUACUUCUCCUUAACACCAGCAAAGCGCCAGCAGUAGCAAACACUGUCAUGACCAGCACUGAAUUUCCAGCUCCUCUGAGGAACUCUCCCUGUGAGCUACGAAUGUCAUGGCUCAUCCAUGGUGUCUUGCUGGGAAAUAUAUCCCUGGUGCUGGUUGAGAACAAGACAGGAAAGGAACAGAGCCAGACGUUCUGGCACGUGGAUAACAGCGAAGGUUUGGGAAUAUGGCAGUGGAUGAUCUUACCUCUCCCAGAUAUUCUGGAUAGGUUUUGGUUUCAGAUCAUCGCUUCGUGGGAAGAAGGAUCUGAUGCUGUUAUUGCUUUUGACAAUGUCUCCCUUAGUCUGGACUGUUAUUUAACAAUUAGUGGAGAGAAGACACCUCGAGGUACCACUCCAGACUCAAGCAAUUUAUUCACCAGCAGAGGCAGCCAGAAGAAGUUUGGAUGGGAGCAAAAGCUUCUGGGAAAUCUCCAGCUCAACACUGCCCCCAUUUCUGGUCCAGCAGAUCACUGGUUAUUCACAACGUGUGGUGCCAGUGGACCCUAUGGCCCCACACAGAGUCAAUGCAACGAUGCCUACAGGAACUCCAACCUCAGUGUGGUUGUUGGAGCUGAAGGGAUUCUCCAAGGCAUUCAGAUCUGGAGAGUACCAGCAACCAACACAUACAGCAUCUCAGGCUAUGGAGCUGCUGGUGGGAAAGGUGGGAAGAACACCAUGGUGCGGUCCCAUGGCGUGUCUGUGCUGGGAAUCUUUGACCUUCAGAAGGAUGAUACUUUGUACAUCUUGGUAGGACAGCAAGGAGAAGAUGCUUGUCCAAGUACUAACGAUGUUAUACAGAAAGUCUGUAUUGGAGAGAACAAUGUGAUUGAAGAAGAGAUACGUGUGAACAGAAGUGUCAAAGAAUGGGCAGGAGGAGGUGGAGGUGGGGGAGGUGCAACCUACAUAUUUAAGAUGGAGAAUGGAGAACCUGUCCCCUUGAUAAUUGCAGCAGGAGGUGGUGGCAGGGCCUACAGGGCCAAAACAGAUACAUUUCAUCCAGAAAGGCUGGAGAAUGAUUCCUCCAUUCCAGGGCUGAAUGGAAAUUCAGGAGCUGCAGGUGGUGGAGGUGGCUGGAAUGAUAACACUUCCUUCCUGUGGUCAGGAAAAUCCUUGCUGGAAGGUGCUACUGGAGGAAGAUCCUGCCCCCAGGCCAUGAAGAAGUGGGGGUGGGAGACAAGAGGGGGUUUCGGAGGGGGUGGAGGGGGGUGCUCCUCAGGUGGAGGAGGCGGAGGAUAUAUAGGUGGCAAUGCUGCAGUGGACAAUGACCCAGAGAUGGAUGGGGAGGAUGGUGUGUCCUUUAUUAAUCCAAUUGGUACUUUAUACACUCCAGCGCUUAAAGUGACAGAGGGGCACGGAGAGGUGGAUAUUAGGCUGCAUCUUAACUGCAGUCACUGUGAGAUGGACGAGUGCCGUGUUGAUCUUGAGACUCAAAAAGUCAUUUGCUUUUGUGAACCAGGCACAGAGUUGGCUGAGGAUGGUGUGUCUUGCAUAGCUGAGCCAGUGGUUCACCUCCCUCUCUCCUUGGUCUUGUCUGUAGUGACUUCAGCAUUGGUGGCUGCUUUAAUUUUGGCUUUUUCAGGAAUCAUGAUAGUAUAUCGUCGGAAGCACCAGGAGCUACAAGCCAUGCAGAUGGAGUUACAGAGUCCAGAAUAUAAGCUGAGCAAGCUGCGUACCUCCACUAUCAUGACAGACUACAAUCCCAACUACUGCUUUGCAGGAAAGACCACAUCCAUUAGUGACCUCAAAGAGGUGCCUCGAAAAAACAUCUCCCUCAUCCGGGGUUUGGGCCACGGAGCCUUUGGUGAGGUAUAUGAAGGUCAGGUGGCAGGGAUCCCCAGCGACCCCACUCCCUUGCAGGUGGCUGUGAAAACAUUGCCAGAAGUGUGUUCAGAGCAAGAUGAGCUGGAUUUCCUCAUGGAAGCUCUCAUUAUUAGCAAGUUCAACCACCAGAAUAUUGUGCGCUGUAUCGGGGUGAGCUUGCAGGCACUGCCCCGUUUCAUCCUGCUGGAGCUCAUGGCUGGAGGUGACCUGAAAUCGUUCCUGAGAGAGACGCGGCCUAGACCGAAUCAGCCCUCCUCCCUUUCCAUGCUGGACUUACUCCACGUGGCUCGUGACAUCGCUUGUGGGUGUCAGUACCUGGAGGAGAAUCACUUCAUUCACAGGGAUAUUGCUGCCAGGAACUGCCUCCUUACCUGUCGAGGGCCUGGGAGAGUGGCUAAAAUUGGAGACUUCGGAAUGGCCCGGGAUAUAUACAGAGCCAGCUACUAUCGGAAGGGGGGGUGUGCAAUGUUGCCUGUCAAAUGGAUGCCUCCUGAGGCUUUCAUGGAAGGGAUAUUUACAUCAAAAACAGACACAUGGUCCUUUGGCGUACUGCUGUGGGAGAUAUUCUCUUUGGGAUACAUGCCCUACCCUAGUAAAAGCAACCAGGAGGUUCUGGAGUUUGUAACCAAUGGAGGAAGGAUGGAUCCACCUAAAAACUGCCCUGGCCCUGUUUACCGCAUUAUGACCCAGUGUUGGCAGCACCAGCCGGAAGACCGGCCAAAUUUUGCCAUAAUCCUGGAGAGGAUUGAGUACUGCACUCAGGAUCCAGAUGUCAUCAACACUGCUUUGCCAGUAGAAUACGGCCCAUCAGCUGAGGAGGAAGAGAAGGUAGCAAUGCGCCCUGAUGAUCCAGAAGGAAUUCCUCCUCUCUUGGUCUCCACACACCAAGACAGAAAGGACGACAAGCAAACUCUGCCAUCUCCACCACCCCUGCCAUCAGCCACUGCUGCUGGAAAAGCUCUAGGCAAAGUGGGAGCCUUGGAACCGCCAGUCCCGGGGAAGGUGCCGUCAUCCUCAGUGGGGGGACAUAUCAACAUGGCCUAUGCCCAGUCCAAUCCUCCUUCUGAGCUGCACAAAAGCCGGAGCUCCAGAAACAAGCCCACCAACCUCUGGAAUCCAACCUACGGUUCCUGGUUUGCGGAGAAGCAGGCCAGCAAGAACAGUUCUCUGCUGGAGAAGGAGAUGCCCGAGAGGGAGAAUUUGGGACAGGAAGGAAACUGUACUGUGGGGCCCAACAUUGUGACUGGCCGGCUGCCCGGGUCCUCCCUGCUGUUGGAGCCAUCUUCCCUAACAGCAAGCGUUAAAGAAGUGCCUCUCUUUAGGCUCCGCCACUUCCCCUGUGGGAACGUCAACUAUGGGUACCAACAGCAGGGCUUACCCUUGGAAGCCUCCACGCCACCUUGCACGAGCAGUUACGAGGACCCCGUCCUUAGAAACAAGAGCCACAUAACCCAGCAGGGGCCGUGAGAGCCCUCUACCCUCUUGACUUUUCCCCCUGUGGCCCCUGAGCCUUGAAGAGAUGUCCUGUUACCCAACACACCACGAGCAAGAGAUCCGGCUGCAUCACCUUCCAUUUUGUGCCAGCUUGCUCCGAAAGUGCCACCCUCGAAGCUGUAAUUUCAACUGACCUGAGAAGCUUCAAAUCACCAGAGUAAAAGAACCAAGGGGGAGGGAGGAUACAGGAAAGAGAUGUUAUCUGCAAGGCCCGCCUGCUGUUGCAUCAACUCAUACGCAUGGUUGUUGUCAUGCCCUUCCUGUGAGCUUUCCUCAGUUGUUCAUUCUCUGCUUAAGUGUAAAGCUGUGGCUCACCGAGUGUUUCAUGUCUGGGGUUUCCAUGCCAAACCUGUGGUUGCUGUGGAACACCUGGAGGUCUCCAGCAGCUGCCAGAGGUUGUAGUGGGUUUGGGGAGAGCGUCCUCCAUCCAAACUGAAAAAGGAUACAACUGCGCUGAAUGAUGACACGAUGGCAUAUGCCCAAGUUGUGUCCCAGCUACAGUCCGGUCUUCAAAAGUCCUUGAAUGCACAGUGGUGAUGGUGGCAGGGCAAUGCACCGGUCAUACCACAUUCCUUGAAAGAGAGAGGAGAGGAAGCACAGAUGAUGGGUGUAGAUGCUAUGAGGCGUAUUCUGGGUUGGGAGUGGGGAGGGUGUUGUUUGGCUGGGGAUUUUUGUUUUGUUUCCUUUUUCUUUUUUUUUUCCUUUGCUUAAGAACUAAAACUGAGUAAAGCCCUUUAAAAUUCCUUCUGGCCUACAAAAGUAGGAAUGUCCUUCAUCAGGAACUUGUGCAUGUCAAGCAGAACCAAGGUGAAGUUUUAAAGGACCAUUGUCUUGAGAAGAACUUUCACCAUGCCCUGAAAAUGGACAGCCACCCACGUACCUCAGAGGUUUACAAGAGCCUUUGACGUACCCUGUACAAAUGACAACAUAAAGGCAGAAGACUACAUCGUGCCACAACCUGGAUGCCAGAUACUGUCUGUGUUUGCGAGGUUUAGAGCCCUUGUUCUUUAACAAAAAGUGUAUGAUACUGGUUUAAAGAUAAGCACUGCAUUGACUCAUUUUGUACGCCUCGUGCAUGAAAAAUAUUCCAGUUAAGUGUAUUGUCAAAACAUAGAUGUAGGAAAUAAUUCAUGUGUAAAGUUGUGAAUUAGUAACUUCAACUUAGGGUUGCAAGGAGCUGUUUUAGCAUGAACGCUGUCCAAAAAAGGGAUGCCUGUUUCCAUGGAAAUAGGUGUAACGGAGCAUCAGCAAAGGAAUGUGGAUGUGUACAUCAGUCUGAGACUCUUCGUUUCAGUGAAGUGACUGAAUCUGGCCCUGGAUCCAAACAUGGAGGGGAGCAGCAGGAAACAGUAUGAGCUACAGGAUGUAAAGCACGACUGGGAGAAUCCUGUGCUACCACUCUCAUACCCUGAAAAUGGUUUAUUUCCACCUGGAAGUUAACUGUUCCCUGUAAAUGUUAGGUAGGUUUCUGAUUCUGCAAGCUGCUGAAGGUAAAUGAGGUUGGGAUGCCUGUUUGUCUGCCUUUCCAGCUCUCCUUCCAUCUUCCUUUUCGCUGCUGAAUCUUGUUUCUCCAUCCUGUGCCUGGAAAUGGAGGCAAGAAGUUUGGGUGGUUCUGCUUCCUCGAGUGGUGGCAGGAGAGGGGCUUUGCUCUAGCGAGGAAGGAGGUUUUGAUACCACGGGUUGAAAGCAGGGGGCUGCGUUUAUGUGGCUGAGCCCCUCUCAGUGCUGUGGGUCCCUUGGUGUCCCCCGGUCUGCGCCCAAAGGCCACAGGCUCAGCACCAGAGCAGCCGCAGCAGCGCUGGGUGCAGCCGCUCACACGCUGCCUGAUGUAAGAGGGGUGAAAUGGGCUCUGAAGGACUUAACUUUGCAUGUCUGCUCCUGUUACUGAGCCCGUCUGCUGGCUGACAGGAACCUUGAGAUAGGAAUAACAUAAGACAGCCUUUCACUGCAGCAAAGACAUCAGCGUUUGUCUGUCCCAAAGUUAAACCCAUCACAGGAAAAUGUCCAAACUGUCUGCAUCUGGCUUCUUUUAGUAACAAAGCUUCAUUAUAGGAGUGUCUGUUUCAUGUACAGCAGUUUAUGCAACGUUGUUUAUAAAGGAAGGGCCUGUGGGCUUCAGGGAUACUAUAAAGAAAAAUACUAAUAUAUGGUCAUUGAGUAUUUUGUAUUGAAUAGUGUAUUUGUAUUGUAAACAAGUGUAGUGAACCACAAGGCAUGAAGACAAAUAAAAUGGCUUUCUCUGUGU